UACUGAACAAGGAAGUCCCGAGGGGCGGGCGCGACACGGCAUAUAUAACCGCGCGCCUGCUCUUCCUCCGUUUUCACUCCAAGGUCUCCGCGUCUUGAGCCGCUCAGUGUCUAUAUUCAUCAGUGCUGUAGAACCAUGGCGUGGGAUGGCUAUAUAACCAACCUGAUGGCGGGAACACCUCCCUUCGUGGAAGAGGCAGCGAUCUGUGGGUCUGAGGCGGGGAAGGAGUCGGUCUGGGCUUCAACACCUGGAGGUCAACUGGCUGGUGUGUCUGCUGCAGAGAUCAAGGCGAUGAUGUCCUUGGAUCGUUCUCCUCUCUUCGCCAGUGGGCUUCAUCUCAGUGGGAACAAGUGUACUGUCCUGAGAGAUAAUCUCCACACUGAGGGGGACAACACGUUAGAUGUUAAGAUGAGGCCCACUGCUACUGAUACCAACUCCUACAGCCUCACCAUCGCUAAGAGUGGCAAGACGCUGAUCAUCGUUAAAGGGAUGAAGGACAUUCCUGGAGGAAAGAUCAACAUAAAGGCCUCUGACAUGAUGCAGUACCUGAGGAAGAGUGGCUUCUAACCCCUGACCUCUACCCGUGACCUCCCCUCCUCUCAGACAUGAUGCAAUACCUGAUGAAGAUUGACCUCUACCCCCUGACCUCCCCCCUGACCUCAGUGCUGGUGAAGUUGCCUCUAGAUGCCAAUCUUAGGUUUAAUGAUUCGAUCCUAGAGCCUUACCUAGGGCAGACUUCACCCUGGAGCCUUACCUAGGGCAGACUUCACCCUGGAGCCUUACCUAGGGCAGACUUCACCCUGGAGCCUUACCUAGGGCAGACUUCACCCUGGAGCCUUACCUAGGGCAGACUUCACCCUGGAGCCUUACCUAGGGCAGACUUCACCCUGGAGCCUUACCUAGGGCAGACUUCACCCUGGAGCCUUACCUAGGGCAGACUUCACCCUGGAGCCUUACCUAGGGCAGACUUCACCCUGGAGCCUUACCUAGGGCAGACUUCACCCUGGAGCCUUACCUAGGGCAGACUUCACCCUGGAGCCUUACCUAGGGCAGACUUCACCCUGGAGCCUUACCUAGGGCAGACUUCACCCUGGAGCCUCAGUGUUAGACGAUGAUGAUAUGCAAAUGAACAAACCUGUGAAACUAUCAUUGUGCCAAAUUAAAUAAAGAUUUAUUCUAAGAAAA